GCGCUGGCGCCGUCGUGACUGGUCGGAAGAGAGAGUGCAUGUCUUUUUAAGACGGCCACUUCCACUCAUAGAAUCCGCGAGAAGAGGCUUGUGUAUGCCGAGUGAUAGACUGUGCAAAGAGAAACGUGAUUGGGACGCAGUUCGCACCCAAGAUCUGUGCUCGUGUCGCGUGCAUUGUGCGUCGCUUGUUUUUUGUGAGCGGCCUGCCUGGGCGCGCCAAGCGUUGAAUGAUGCCCAAAGCAAAUGCUUUAGUUUCUCUGACUGUUUCUUUGUGUGACAUUGUUGUGCCGUGACAUUUUGUGUUUUUGAAGAAAACAAUGCAUCGAAGAAUAUGAAAAUGUCGAGUUUGUUGUGUUCGAUUUGAAGUUAUCUACAAAAUGUUUCUAACAGAAGGCGACUACAGAAACAACCGUGAUAGCGCUUUUCUUUUCCUAUAAUUUCAAAUGCCAAUACACGUGCCCAGUGUUGUAAAUUAAAUGGGCGGUAUUUUUCUUAAUUGUGAAAUUUUGUGACGUGGAAUUCGGAGUGUGUUCUGUGGAACACAAUUAUUGCUAAAUUGAAUUAAAUUUCGUUAAGUGCGAUUUAACUGUCGAAAUAAAAAAAAUUGGACAUAUGUAAACUGGUAAGCUGAUGGGCAUGACAGUAAUUGAAGUUAAAAGAAGUUUGCUACAUCAUCUGUGCUGUGUCAGUGCCAUAAUUUGUUGCAUUGAAGAAAUUAAUUCUUAGAACCUGAAUAUUACAUCACAGUUUUUAAUGAAAUCCUGUGACUUUGGGACCUCGUGGUGAUUUAAUCGUUUUAUGAUAGGUGACUAUCAGAAUUCUGAAAUCGUCGGCAUUGUUUUACAGUUGACGUAUGUUUAUUGCUAGUACGCAUAUAAAGCAUUGAAUAUUUUCAGAACCGGCGCAUCGACAAUUUGUUCUGUGGUCUCCUUGGUGUAUGGCCCCAACUGUCAACCGAGUUCAAUUGAGGGUAAUUGAAGUGUUGAUGAAAAGGACUCUUCAAUUCAGUCACCAUUGUGGAGAAAUGGGUAUCUGUUUUAUUAUAUACCAGGCAUUUUAGAGCGAGCUUUGUGUUGCCAGCUUCAAUUUCAGAGAUAUCCAGUGUUUUGAUGCCAUUGAUUUGCCAUUGAGAAAACUUUUCCAUCCGCCUAUUUCGUUCACAAACAAGUGUUGUAAGUGUGACUUUCGAGGACUCCUUUCGCCUUCGGCGUGGAUUGUUUGUGGCUCAGAUCAAUUUUGUCGAAAGUGCUAAAAUUUGAGAAAUAACACCAGGAGAAAAACGUAUAAAUGAUGAGUGAAAGUUAGUACAUGCCUAUUGAUUCCAAGACGCUACUUGUUCAUAAAAUUAUGAGAAUGCUAAUCUCAAGGUAAUUAAUCAACACUAGUGUUCUGUUAUUCGGAAACAACGUACUGAUUAACUGUCUCUAAUGAACAGCUGUUUCUUUGACUCUGCCAAAUGACGUGUGCGAAGUUUAUUCUGAAAGUGAAACUAAUUUAAAACCAUCGAGUACUUUGUUACGAGAGGGAACACAAAGGAAUCGACAAAACGGUGUGUUCCAUGCUUCAUGCAUCUCCGUUUCGCGACUUGGAGACAGAAAACUUGAAGUAGACUUGAAGAAGAAGAUGAUGCACCACGCCGUGCAACCGUCGCCGUCGCAGCAGCCACAACAACAGUCCCAGUCUCCUGGGCCCGCCGCUUCGCCUUUGCUGUACGGGCGCCCCGAGGGCCCUGACCUCUUGCUUCUCGACAACAACAACUCUGCCGCCAGCAAGAUGUAUUCCGUGCCGACCGCUCAGCAGCAAGUGUACGCAGAGUACGGCCUCAUGUUUCAGCCUCAGGUUGCCGGCGCUCCAAGAAUGGCCCCUCGAUCUCCGCGGUCGUCUGAAUCCCCUCCACGGACUGCCGACCCCUUGAAUGAGCCGCCGCAGUUUCGGCAACGGCUGCUUUCUGCAACAAAGCCCGGGCGUCAGGGCUUCGAGGGGGACGCUGAGCUAGGCACAAAAGGCCGCUAA